UCAGUUACUUGCAUUCUGGUGGGGUCCCGUGCCAUCACGUGCUCUUGAAGGCUCUGCCCCUUAACGGAAGUACAAAGUGCAUCAGACCGGAAGUCCCGAGUGAGGAGCGGCCCUGAGCUGAACAUUUUCAGGAUUUCCCGGAUACACUUCCUGCUCUAGUUUGUCCCGAGGCGUCCGUCAGAUCCCGCUGAAUCUCCUUCAGUCAUGUCGUACGGACGCACACAGCAGCGCGCCCCGCCGAAGGACUUCAGCAGCCUGAUCCAGACAUGCAGCUCCAACAUCCAGAAGAUCACACAGAACACGGCACAGAUCAAGAGCCUGGUAAACCAGCUGGGAUCAAAACAAGACACCAGUGACCUGCGGGACAGACUUCAGCAGGUGCAGCACUACACAAACCAGCUGGCCAAGGAGACCAACAAACACCUGAAAGACCUCGGCUCGCUCUCUCUACCUGUCUCUCUGUCCGAACAGAGACAGCAGAAGAUCCAGAAGGACCGGCUGAUGAAUGAUUUCUCCGCAGCUCUCAACAACUUCCAGGCAGUGCAGCGUCGAGCCGCGGAGAAGGAGAAGGAGUCCGUGGCCCGAGCCCGAGCAGGGUCUCGACUCUCAGCUGAAGAUGGAGGUCAUGAAGAGCAGCUGGUCUCCUUCGAUAAUGAUGAUGAUUGGGGUAAGACCACCACUCAGACAGAAGACGUGGCCAUAACAGAGGAGGACCUGGAGCUCAUCAAAGAAAGAGAAACUGCCAUUCAACAGCUUGAGUCGGACAUUUUGGAUGUGAAUCAGAUUUUCAAGGAUCUUGCCGUGAUGAUCCAUGAUCAGGGUGAAAUGAUCGAUAGCAUAGAGGCUAAUGUGGAGAGUGCAGAAGUGCAUGUGGAGAGAGGAGCUGAGCAACUCCAGAGAGCCGCUCACUAUCAGCAAAAGUCUCGUAAGAAGAUGUGCAUCCUGGCAGUGGUCCUUGCCUUAUUGGUUGGCGUUAUCGCUCUUAUCAUCUGGGCCUCGACAAAGUGAAGACCCUACCUCUAUCCUUCCCCUUUUUCUCUCAUUUCUUUAAUUUAUUUUCCCACUUGCAAACCCAGUGCCAUCCACAGGGGAGGCUCUGAGCAGCACCUGCAGGUCCAGCUCUGUAGUUUUGCAGGGUUAUGUACAGUAUAAAGUGGCAUAAGCGAAGGUAACCUUCCCUAGACUCUCCCCUCCGAAACCUUAGGUCAUAAUGAAAGGAGGAUGAGCUCACGGAUGGAGCGGGGGAAACGUGAUAUAACAUUUCAUUUUGAUUCUUGUGAUAUAUUUCUAGCACUAACACUACUUUACAUUUCUUAAUAAAUCCAGGUUAUUUCAAUUUGAGAAUUUCUUCGGAUUGCGAUAAGGUGUAAAAUGAUUUUUUUUUUUUUUUUUUUUUUUUUUUUUUUUUUUACAUCUUACUGUAAUAUAAUUUUGGCUUUAGAUGUUUUGUACAUUGUACAUUUAAACUCUUUCGGAUUUGUCAAGUCACUCCAAAGGUUAACAACAAACUGCUUAGAUGAGCUGCAAAAUGAAUCGUACAUUAGACACAACGUUAUUAAUACCGUAGACUAGUAGAACUGCAAAUACGAAGCAGCAAUGAUAUCUAAAGCGCAAACAUUUCUCAACUUUAGUUUCAGUGCUGUUUCUGGUGUUAACUGAUAGGUUUAUUACACAGCUCUAUUAUAUGGUGGUCAUACAGCUGUAAAUGUGUUGUAUAAGAACUCGUAAUCAAUAUUAUGGCUGAAAUUGAUUUGUAUAUUACAACAUUAAAAGUCUGCACAAUACAUAAAGAUUAUGUAAAAAGAUUUGCAACCAUACUUUUAGAACAUGCAAAAGUGAUUGUCCCUUUUUUAAAAUUGAUUUAUAUGACUUCUAUGAGUAUGUGAGUAAAGAAAUGUCUUAAUCAAA